AUGUCUGGGGUGAAAGAGAACUUUGUCAUUCCCUUCACGGGAGCGCUCCAAGCAUCGCUUGCAGUGCUGCUAACCAUUUUCUACGGUGUCAUUGCAGCGCAGUUUGAUCUAUUGAAUGAGAAGUCGGCAAAGGACAUUUCCAAAGCUUGUGUCAGGCUGUUCCUGCCUGCUUUGCUAAUCGUCAAUGUCGGACAGCAGUUGAGUCUCGAAUCUGUGAGUACACGCUUGGCAAUGCAGGAGACCGACAGCAAGGCUGAUACGAGCAUCACANNGGGAACCAAGUAUUUGGCCGUCUUCAUCUGGGCCAUCAUCUACAAUGUGCUUAGCAUGGUCUUUGGUCUUGCCGUGUAA